AUGAUUGGCAGAUUAGCACACAUUGGAUUCGAUUUAGUUUUAAUUAGUGGGUUCUUAGCAGGUAUGAAACGUGCUACUGGUAUACAACCAAAUUUAGAUUUGAUUGAAAACAAAGAUGUUAGAAAUUAUGCUGGUAAAUAUUUGGGGUUAGGUGAACUGGUUUUGGAUUCAAGUGCUGCGUUCUUGGGAAGUAGUCAAUUCUUUACUAGGAAGUAG